AUGAAAAAUGGGCUAAGAUUUCUUUUUUUUCUAAUUCCUUUUUCUCCUUCUUUAGAAAAAUGGAUAUUUGUCUGGUUUUAUAAAAUGGCCGAGACUCCAAGAGAGCCGAGUUUUAUUGUACCAGCACGGAAUGUUACAGUUGUGGCUGGGCGAAAGGCAAUAUUACCCUGUUCUGUGGAGUAUCUCAAAUCACACAAGGUGAUAUGGACAAAUCAACGUCAUACACUUUUAACAAUGCGUGAUCGGAGAAUCACUGACGAUGUCCGUAUCAUGGUGGUUCGUGACCAUCAAGGUGAAUGGAAUCUUCACAUUCGAGAUGUUGAACCCACAGACCAAGGCCAGUACAACUGCCAAAUUAAUACACACCCUGUCAAAAUUAAUAAAGUUAACUUAUUUGUGUUAGUACAACCCACCCUACAUCCAGAGAUGUCGAGCAAAGACAAGACAGCAAAGGAAGGCGAUACAGUGGAAUUGGUAUGUAACGUAUCUGGAAUCCCACAUCCCAAUGUUACAUGGUACCGCAAGUCCAUAAAUGGCAAAAAACCAAAAGAACGGGUAGGCAUGACUGGAGACGGCCUGAAUACAUGUGUUCUAUGUUGUGUUCCAGGAAUAGGGAUGACUGGAGAGGUCUUGAUGAUCCACAACAUUUCCCGUUACUGUAAUGACAUGUAUGAGUGUGUUGCGGACAACGGAGUUGCCAACGCAGUCAACCAUGUAAUUAAAGUUACGGUUUUCUGUAAGUAA